GAACAGCUUCUCUCUUCUUCCUUUUGGUGGAAUUUAUUUUCACCCUGCAGUGGUCCUCCCUCUCUGCGUCUCUCAUUCCCUCACAAAUUCACAAAUCAAGGAAUCUACUACAAGAAGUUUAUAAAUCAAGAACACCCUUAAUUCACUUAAAUUAAUCAGCUCCUUUUUUUCAAAAGAGAGCUCCGAAUUCAGAAGCAGUUUCAAUUUAAAUAUAAUAAAGCCAUGGAAGCUGAUUCUUGGGCUGCUCGUCUUUCGUCUGCCUCCAGGCGUUAUCAAUCUGUUCUUCAAUCUCGAUCUGGGAUGAAAUGGGAUGGUCUGAAUGCAGAAAUGUUGAUGGGAUUCGAGGAAGUUGACAUGGAUGAUGAUGUAAGGGAGGAGUAUCCAUGCCCUUUCUGUUCGGAAUAUUUUGAUAUUGUGGGACUCUGUUGCCAUAUUGAUGACGAGCAUCCAGUAGAAGCAAAAAACGGGGUAUAAUUCCUUGGUUUUUUUCUUUUU